GGCAACACUAUUAUCAGCCUGUCAAUUAACAAAUACAAAAAAUAUUGAUUCUCCGAAACUCCUUAUCAUUUUGAUGUGGUGUUUAUUUUUAUUUUCACCUAACAAAUGAUAUUAAUUAAAGAAUGACCGAGUUAAAUGAACUAAAUAUGGACCCUACUCAAGUUUGUCGUGGGUGUUUGAACGCAAGCGGAGAAAUGAAAAAUAUGAUUGAAUAUGGUCUUUUAGAGGAUUUCUAUAAGUUUAGUGAAGUCAAGGUGGAUAAACCAGACAUGUUGUCAGGUUUCCUGUGUUCAUCCUGUGAGGAGGCACUGAUGGAGUGCCGUGUAUUUAGAUUGCUCUGUCAACAGACUGAUAACAUUCUAAAGAAUGCUAUGAAGGUGAUUAAAAUGUUAUUUACAAUACAUUUUUCAGGUAGAAAAUUUCUAAAUCAACACUAUAAUAAUGUUCAUAAAGCGAAAAAUAUUAAUUGUGGUACAUGUGGUUUAUCUUUUCCGACUCAAACAGCUUUUGAAAGACAUUUACAUACAUGUAAUUACACAUAUGAGUGUACGAAUUGUCACCAAGUGUAUAAAACUAAUGAAAGACUACUCGUUCAUUUAAUGAGGAAACAUCCGAUAUUACAUCAGCAAUAUAAAAAUGAAAGGAAAGCUGAAAAGAGGAAAUUGAAAAUUGAAUCAAAGCCGGAAAUUGAAUACUUUUGUGACAGCCCAAAAAGAUCAUUUGCAACGCAAACUUUGAGACCUGAAGAUAAUAUAAAGAAUGAUAUCACAUUACCAUCUUGGCCGGAGAAAUCUGAUGAUACAAAAACAGAUGAGAUAUCAACGCAAACUGUAUUCGAAGAUUUGCUCUCAUUAAAAUCUCAAGCCAGCGAAGAUGAUCCUAUAUAUUUUUCUGAAUCUGUAUCCGAUAUACAAACGCAAACAUUUUCAAAAGAAUUCGGUUUGAAUAAAUCAAAUAAAGAGACAAUAACUUCAGAAACGCAAUCACCGGAUCUAAGUAUAAAAGAAACUCAGACUUGUCUCUGUCUUUAUGACUCUCCGAAGUUCAAUUGCAAGUUGUUUGAAAGUGUAUCAUCAAGUCCUGUUAUGAAUUUGACGUCGACAGAGACGCAGACAGCUGAUUUUGGAUCUAUUGAUGCGUUUUUAGGUUUCAAUACAGCUGAAACGCAGACUAGCUUUGAUGAGAUUUUGAAUAGCGAUUUGUGACGUUGGUUUUAAUUUUUUUUUUUGGAUGGUUAAUAUCGCUGAAAUGGCGAUGUAACAGUAGCUUCGAAUAGAUGGACAUUUUUAAAAAAUACAAUCCUUUAACAUUAUAAAUGUGAAAGUAACUCUGUUUGUAUGUGUCGCUUUCACGACAAAAUUACUGAACCGAUUUAAAUGAAAUUUGGUACACAGAUAGUCUAG